AACCUAAAUCCAAAUCAAUGUCUAGAGAAGAAUAUUUUUGGGAAUCUGAUUCAAUCUAGAGAAUCUUUGUGUGAAUCAAGAUCAACAUAGAGAACUAUAGUUUUAGGCAACAAAAUCAAUGUGCAUACAGUGUUAGAAUUUAUUUACAAAAUUAAGUAUCAAGAAGGUAAAAGAAUGCCUGGUUAUGAUGAUUCAUUCCUCUCGGUUCCGGACCGAAGAGUGACUAAAUACAAAGUUAGAGAAAGUAAACCUUGUGUGGGUGCUUUGGUGUCUUCUGUCUCUCUCAAUUACUUUGGAUAUGACUUGGAUUCUGGUGACUCCAACGAGGGCACUCCACGCGCCAAGGGAGGGAAGCUGGCGCGUCGGGCGCGGUCGUUCAAGGAGGACUUCUUGGACAUUCUGGCACAGAUGCGGUCACCGGCAACUGCACGGGCCGGCUCGCCCAAGCCUAGCCCCAAACAUCGGACGACCAGUGGUAGCGAACCUCCGCCCGAGCUGGAGCGUAAUCCCCUCCGUGACAUGGAGAUUCAUGUUAGACAGGUCCAGUUUGCCCUGAAGCACUUCAGAGACGUAGUGUCCAGGAACAAGCUGGAGGUUCUCCCUGGCAAUGGAACUGUGGUUCUGGAGUCCGUCACUACGAUACACAGUGUGUUGAAAACAUACGUGUUUGUGGAACAAAGUUCUGCCCUAGUGUCUGCUAUGAACCAAGUGUACCAGAGCCUAGCCAAGCUGAUACGCCUGUGUGAUGAUGUCCUACUGUUGGGAGACAAGGCCAUCAGCAAGGAGAACGUCACUGAAGUUAUACAACAGGUCGAGGAGGCAGUGCAGAACCUCGUGAGCCUGGCGUCUGCUAAGAUCGCAGAACGCAGCAACAAGGCGUUGAACCACUCCAAGCCGACGUUGGACCGCAGCUCUACAUAUUCAGUGGAGUUCAGCGGCCGCAGCUCUCUCCCCGACAUCCCUCUUACUCCCCGGGAACGGCAGAUACUGGAGCAGACCAGUCAGACAGUGGUUCCACGUCACGCACCACACCACUCCCUCAGUAGUGAGAGUAUACUGCAUGACGACGUUCCUCCUCCCAAACCUCCACUGCCUAACAGGUCAUGGACAAGUGAGUCGCCUCCGCCGCUGCCUCCCAAGCGACGGCCGGCCAACUUCCCCUCACAGUCGAUGGAGAGGUUGAGUCUACGAAGCACCAACAGCUCUCUAGGCAGCAUGGACUCCAUGCUCAACUCUUCACUGAGAGACGAUGACGAACUACAGGCUCUAGUGGACGAGGAUAGCUCCAUCAACAUGGACUCUGUGCAACACACUCACGGUAUAGGAGGCAGUCUGUUGAACGGGUCAAGUGGGUCGUGUUGCUGCUGGGACAGUUCUUGUAGCAAUAUCUCUCAAGAUCACAGAGACUCUCCUCCCCUUCCCCCGGCCACCCUUACAACAGUGGCAGCGGAGAGAAUAUCAUCUUCGUCGGGGUUUGUGUCGAUGCGAAGUUCCACGCAGAGUUACAACUACAGCACAGCGUCGUCUAAGUCAGUGAGCAGUGCAACGUCCACGCAGGUCGCUGUCAGUGAGAACAAGUCGCAGAGUGUCGCGAGCGUGACCCAGAGCGACAACUCUCAGAGUUUAACAGUCACAACGUCGCAAAAGAUCACAUCCUCGCAGACACAAAGCUUCAGCAAUGUGGUUACCGUCACACCACCUGCACUCCCUGUCAAACAGCGGUCACGCCGGGAACGGCAGCCAUCACAGUAUGACAAUGUGCCAUCGACCAAUCACACGCAAGCUGACCUACUCGGCUCUAGUCCUACCCGACCCCCACCUCUCCCUCUGAAGAAGAAGCACAUGUUUCAAUCAGUGGCUUAUUCUGUAAUGGCGUACAUGGAGAUGUUUGGUAACUGCUCGCAGCCCAACACCAGUGAGUAUCUGAGACACUCGGUACACACAGCUACGUACAGUCUGAUGCAGGCUGAGUGGCAGCAACACCAGGUGACACUCAGUUCUACGCAGUCCUGCUCCUUCAACAUGCUGACUCGCCACUCCUCCCCUGCAGCAAGCCCCAACCCUCGUUGUGUGUCGCCGCAGUCGUCCACACCAGUGACGGGGGAUGAUCCGCCUGCAUUGCCACCCAAGCAGAGAGAUCGUCAUGCCUCUGCAGCUAGUCCACCCCCCGCCAGCCCCGUCCCAGCUCUCACACCUACACCACCCCCGCCAAAGGAGAAGGAGAAGGAGGUGGUAGAGACACGGCUGGCGCUGCCACUGACCAACGGUGCACAGCUGGCUCCAGACUCGCCUCUAGACAUGCUGGACAUCACCGGACUGCUGGUGCUGAAGAAGUGUGAGGAGGAGGGGCCAGACGUGAGGGGAGGACAUCCUGACGCUCUCAUCAUACACGCCACCAAGGCCAACAAGAACGGUACACUUCUCGUAAAUAACUUCUUGUAUCAAGAAGCGUUUCUGACAACGUACAGGACAUUCCUGACGCCGCUGGACCUGAUUGAGAAGCUGUGCCAUCGACAUGAGAGGUUCACACGCAGCUCGGACCAGUCCAAGCAGAGGGCGGCACGCGAGGCAUUCUCACUUCUAGUCAGGGUCGUCAGCGACCUCACAAUUUCUGAUUUGGAAACCACUGUGAUACAAACGUUAACGGAUUUUGUUUAUCAAUUGUUGUGCAACGGAGAUCUGAUAAUGGCGAAGGCGCUCAGGGUGAAGAUCCUAGAGAAGUAUAACAUCAAGAGACUUUACCAUGCUACCAGUAACCUGCUGCCCUCUCAGAACGUGUACACACGCCAAGCGUCACUGCUGGACUUCAAGUCUGAACACAUUGCUGAGCAGAUGACACUCCUGGACUCUGAACUGUUUAUGAAGAUAGAGAUUCCUGAGGUACUCAUCUGGGCCCAGGAGCAGAAUGAGGAGAGGAGUCCAAACCUCACACGCUUUACUGAACACUUCAACAAGAUGUCUUACUGGGCUCGGUCGAGGAUCCUGGAACAGCCGGACGCCAAGGAGCGGGAGAAGUACGUGGUGAAGUUUAUCAAGAUCAUGAAGCACCUGCGGAAGAUCAACAACUUCAACUCGUACCUGGCGCUGCUGUCGGCGCUGGACUCGGCGCCCAUACGACGGCUGGAGUGGCAGAAACACAUCACCGAGGGACUGAAAGAGUAUUGCGCACUGAUAGACAGCUCGAGUAGCUUCCGAGCUUACAGGCAGGCUCUAGCGGAGACACAACCACCGUGUAUACCUUACAUUGGUUUGGUGCUUCAAGACUUAACUUUUGUACACAUUGGUAACAGCGACUACUUGACUGACGGUGUUAUCAAUUUCUCCAAACGUUGGCAACAGUUCAACAUUGUAGAGAACAUGAAACGCUUCAAGAAAGGGACCUACGUUUUCAAGAAGAGUGAACGAAUCAUAGCUUUCUUCAGCAACUUUGACGAGUUUCUGUGUGAGGAAGCGAUGUGGCAGAUCUCAGAGAGCAUCAAACCUCGAGGAUCCAAGAAACCUGUCCAAUAGUGUUGGAACCUCCGUUAGUUUAAGUUGGUGGUCUGAGUGAGUUCAUAUUUUCUGGUCUUUACUUUCAACUUUUAAUAAACGAUGUAACUUUAUUUAUGUUUUGAAAAUGUAAUCAAACUGAUUGCUUAGAAAAGGAAAACCAUUUUUUACAGGUUAUAGCUUUAUAAUAGUUGAUUUAAUGAUUGUAAUUACAGUGAAUCAAAUCAAAAUCAGAGACCAGAUUGUGACGCUUCCUUGGACCAGUAUAGUUACCAUCCUUGUUUACUUUACUUUUAACAAAUUUACUUUAAAUACAUGGAACACUGUAUCAACACCGCUACCUUUACGUUAGUUGUCUAAGUUUUACAAGUAGGCUAACAGUAUUACACGCAGAGGUCUGCCCAAUCGAACCCUUAGGUUAAUGUAACGGUAACAAUGCUUUAAUUAUCAGAGUUAACGUAAGGUUUAACGGCACAAUGAAACAGAGCAACGAAGCGAAGUACGGAAAGGUGCAACUUUAGGCCUAAUAGUGAAGUGAGUGUUCAUUCGUGUGAUCGUACGUACGUGUGCAUGUGAUUCGAUUACGCAAUAAAAUAUAUGUAAGAUUUUUAUUAUAUGUGAUACGAUUUUAUUUGUUUUGAACGGUCCACAGUGUCGUGGCUGUUUGUAAAUAUUUUCACAAUAUUUGUGGCAUGUGCUAAGUGUAACAUACGAAUAUAUUUUUUAAAAAGUAAUAUUAUUUUGUAUUAUUUUUUUAAAUGUACGUAGGUCCAGUGUAAAGUGAAUGGUCGUAAACAGUUUUUAUCAACCGUUUGUCUCUUCGUCGUGUUGUUUUGUUAUUAUGUUCGAUAUAAACUCAAUGUAAUACGGUUUAUACGUGUUGUUUUUGUUAUUUUAUGCGUAUAUUUAUUUAUAUUAGUUCUUAUGAUUGUUGAGUCAUGUUUAUGAUUGUUUUUUAUAUUAUUUUUACCAUGGAACUAAGAGGUUGGACUAGUAUCUUCAACAGAAAUACCUAAUUGUUGAAUUUACAUUGGUGAAAAAGUUUAAGAUAUGGUACCACAGCUUUUUCUGCUUAGUAAAAUCCAAUCCAAUCCAAUCUGGGGGAAAACCUCAAGUCAUUAGAAUUCUAGAUACCAAGCCAUUGAAAUCCAGCUUUGUUAAUACCUUGAAGAGUAACCAAUCCACCGGGUAGAGCCAGCAGAGGACAAACAUUGACUUUAUGAUUCAUUACACCAUGGCUGCUCGACAGAUCUUCUGUCAUUUUCUUCUACUCACCACAGUGCAAAAGCGUUAGCGUCCACUGCUUACACAGAAGUCCAUUUUACAAUAAAUAUUAGGGGUAAAAAUUUAGUUUAAAGAAUUUUCAAAACAAUUAUGUAUAAUAUAAAUUAACUGACAUGGGGAACUAGACCUACCUCUUAGUUUGGUUUUCUACUUUAUAAUUCCGCAUGAUUUGCGUUUUUAUAUGUUCUAACAAUAGUCAAAUUCAAUUAUUAGUGUAGCACAUCCUUAAAACACUUAUAUACCAGGUUGUUUUCAGAAACAGUUGUCAUUUGAAUAUCCAACUCCAACGGUGCAUUCAGCUUCAUUAUAUCCAGCUAUAAACAUAUCAGUACUGAAAGACCAUUGUAUCAAAAUAUUCUUCAAUUUUUACACCGAAUGUUCGUAGUUUUGUCAAUUUUCAAUUUAGAGAUUCGACCUCUGAUCACGAUUAUCAAAUUUUAGCUAAGUUGACCGAGAAAUAUCAUGAAACGAACUGACUCUACUAAGCAUCAUUUAGCUCUACACUUAUAGAAUAAAUAUCGAUAACUAAAUGUGAUAUUAGUAAUUGUUCCCAGUGAAUUUAUAGCUUGGAAUAUUCGGUAGACUGUUUGAACUCUCUGUGUAGUACGAUGGAAUAGUUCCACAUCCAAAAUAGUUGUCCUGAUAGUUGAAACUGUGAGACUGGUAUUAUUGUUUGAUAGUUUGUCAAUAGUUUCCGCCUACGCUGCUCUUUAUACCAUACAAUGUCUUGGGAAUUGAAAAUGUGAGUGCUUGAAAAACCAUCCAUUUAGACUAUUAUUUAGUUACGGUGGAAUCCAACCAUCCUUGUGUAGUAAAUAUAUCAGGUCAUAUUUUACAAAAAUUAGUCUUAUAUAUCGGACACAAGAGUAACAUUAAUUCUUUCCAUUUUUAUCCAUGUGAGUAGAACUAGUAAAACUGAUUACAUACUAUGUCUGACAUAUGGCUGCUGCCUAGGAAUUGCUACACUUUUGGUUGAUAGUGUUUUUGGGCAGUAGAGAGCCGGGUCUGAGCAGUCUAAGGCACGAGACUGUUCAUGGAGGACAGUUCCCCCCCCUGACCCCCACCACCGCGCCUGGGACAGCGUAUCGGAACGGAACACGGAACAUCCGAACUGCACUCGUCAAAAUGUUGUUGUUAUCUAUGACUGUCGUCUUCUGUCAAAACGUCAACGUCCUUGUUUACAUUAUGAUCAGCUGGAUAAUUCAAUUGCUAUUGCUGUUAAUAUGUAUUUUUGCAAUUCAAUCUAAAGAUUUACUGAUUUGGUGGAAAUUAAAUACUUACUAUUAGAAUUUGGGUUUGCGUACAUAUUACAAAGAAAAAUAGACGUAUUACUAAAGAAAAAAAUCGAAAAAAGCCUACACAAUUUGACAUAUUUCACCAAAUAGGAAAAAUGAAUUGACACAGAGCUGUUUUAUUUCUUGAGCAAUCCUUGAAAGAACCGAUUUUCAAACUAUGGAAACAUAGAAAAGUCAUAGAACGCCACCAAUUAGAGAAGAAAUGGGGGAUAGUUUUUUUUUAGGUUAUUAGCCUAUAUUAAAGAAUGCCCAUAAGAUGAGGGCAUUCAUACAAUCGAAGAGAAUGUUAGCCGAAGGGCUACCAUUUUUAGCAGGAAACUUCUACUGUAUUAACUUUGUGAUGAUUGCAGCGGAAACUCUUCUUAGGACAAGUAAAAUUUGUACAACAAGGACAUUAAUGAUAUGUUUUCUUUUCAUCAAAGUCAAGUGGUUUUAGAAGUAUAUUACUAGCUACACCCAAAAAACUUUUCCUUUUUUGAUAAAACUUUAUUGAAGCGUUCAAUUAUUAUUCACAGUUAAAGGGAAACAAAAAAAUCAUCUGAACAGCGUCAGGCCUUUUAACUCUGCAUUUUCUCAGGUAAAUACAAUUGACAGUAUUAAAACAACUAAAUUGUGGCAGACAGGUUAAAUGCAGGAAUUCAGGUAGUUCUUUAGUAAUAAUGUGAACAAAUUAUAUCAUUAUUUAAGUAAAAUACCCCCGCCGCAGCAAACCUGCAGACUAAGCGAAUUUCCAUUAACCUGAUUGGAUUUACACUAAAAUGCCUCCAUAAAAAUAGCACAUUUAUUUCCUACUUAAAUAGAAUUAGUUUAACGAGUAGGCCUACUUAGGUUUGCUGCAACAGGGAGGGUAAAAAAGAUUUUUUUUAUAAAAUGAUAAUAGUUUAUUAAGAAAUAAAAGUAUUUUCCAAAAUAAAUCAAAAUAUGUUCAUAAACAAGCAAACUACAACAGUUGACUUAUUCUCCAUAAGAAUAACAUGGGAAUCUUAAAAUUACAAUUUUUUAAAAUUUUCUCCGUAACAAUUAGGCGCAUAAUAACGCUUCAAUAUACUAAAUUAUUUGUUUUUUAAGCUCUACAAAAUGGUUUAAAAAGAAAUUGUGAAAUUUUGUGUUUUUAGGGUCAAAAAUGGGAAAAACCUAUUUUUACCCCAUAAAACCCCCCAUAAACCCCCAUUCCCAUAGUCCGAUCAUGCUGGUUCGCGAACUCAUUCAAGUUUAUCCCGCCUUACACCUUCAAACCAAAUUUUAUCAAAAUCGGACAAAAAUUACUCAAUUUAUCGUGCGGAUGGACACAUAUAUAUAUAUAUAUAUAUAGAUAUAUAAAAAUUUGAACAAAUCGUGUUUUUGGCCUCUGGGGACAUCAAAAUGAAAAAGUAAAUCAGUCCCGGGCUUAGGUCUUACCAUGAGACCUACGGUAAUAGCUACUUCCCUAUAGGGAAAUUCGCUAAAAGUAAAAUAAUUAUUUGUAAAGAUAUACUGGUAACAAUUACGAAUAUAAUCAUGAACAAUCUAAUUCAGCCGAGUGGAAAAUAUUUGUAGAAAACAAUAAAUAAAUAAAUAUCAGCCUUUGAAAAAUUAUAAAAUAGUGAGAAUUUCCAUUGGUUACAUAGGCCUCUAAAUCUUUGAAUAACUCCGGAAAAAAUACUUUGGUUUAAUGAGCAACUUAGUUUAAAUACAAACAACAAACUACUUUGUUCCUAUCGACUAUUCGGUUCUUAUGAGGAGGCUUGGUUUUGAAGAAGAAGAAACCGCUCCGACCGACGGACCGUUUCGAUUCCGCUGUCCCACGGCGCGGUGGUGGGGGGUCGGGGUCCUCCAUGAACGGUCUUGUGUCUAAGGCAAGCCAUAAGACAUAGAUUGAGGUCGGUGGGAGAGGCUCAGCUAAAAUAAACAGUGGACAGCUCAGGAUGAAUUCAUUGUAUGUUGCACCUCAAAUCAGGAAUGUUGAUACUUUAGCCUAUCCUUGCUAUGAGUGUCCACCAAAAUUCAAACAUUUGAUUUUUUCGAUUUCAUAAAGAGGGUAAUACUGAUAAACUUAUAGUAACUAAAAAUCUCUGAAUACUUUAUGGAAUCUAUACGGUUAACUUUAGAGAAUUUAAAUUUGUUUCUUUCGUUUUAUUUUGAAGGAGAGAGUGCAAAAGCAUGUAAAUCAUAGGACAAUUAAAAUGUUCUUUCCAGUAACUCUCAAACUUUAUCACGGCAAUUCAAAAGAAAUGUUCAGGUUAAAUAUCUUAUUUUUCUUCCAAGCAUUUGUAUAGAACAUAAACGGAUAAUUGCUAUUGGGAUUGUUGGAUUUCUACUGGAAAAAUAAAUUACAAAAUAUAUUUUUUACUCAAAGAGUCAGGAAGAAUUAAUUGUGCCUGAUAGAGAAACUGUUUAUUUUUACUAUUACAUGCAAGAAGCAAAUUUUGAGGAUAAUCGGUAAGAGGUAAAGCCUGAUAUUUUGAAAUAACCCUAACUUAGGGCUUUAUCUUUUUCCAAAGGACCUAUAAAAUUCAAUUUAAUUAAUCCUACAAAUGAUCAAUUUAAGAUAAUAGUAUCUGAAAGCAUAACUAUUGAUCUAAUUAAAAUUAAGUAACAAAAUUACACAAACCAUUGGGUGCAAAAUUAUAUUUUAAAGCUAGAAUAAUGAAAAGCCUGUUUAAUCACAAUUAAUUAUAGCAAUGGAUGUGUGAGUUUUGUUUAUAACAAAGUAUAAUUUAUUAGAACAAAUUAAUCGUUAGCUCUCUGAUAAAAAUUUUUGUACGCGCUUGUGCUUUCAAACAAAAUAAUGUUUUGUUAACCAAAUUAAGCCAAUUAUGGGUUUAUAAAAAACGUAUGUUAGAAAAUGUAAAGAAAUUGGUUGAACCACUAGAUACAGUUAAACUGGUUUCAUUUAAGUAUAUGAACAAUAUUUACUGUAUGUUUGAAAUUAUUUUCAAAAUUAAUGUUUCUACGUAUUUUGUCUCGACUAUUGUACAUAUUUUCCGCCAUAUCGAACUUGCUUUCAGCUACCAUCUUCAAUAAAGAUGAACUU